UGAUGCAGUUAUCAAUAUUUUACCAACGAGAGCACCACCUACGACGUAAUGCGACAGAAGAACAACUUGAAUGCCUUCAAAGUUUUGAGCGUGAGGCAACAAUCUACACAAUGCAUCGUUCUAAAGGAGGUUUGCACAUUGUUGACAUCCUUACAAACUUCACGGUUCCGGAUAAUAAGGAUCAGGCAUAUGUGCUAGAUGAAAUCGUAGAAAAAGUGUAUUUCUUUAAGAGCCGAGUAAUGGAUUAUUAUCUUAAGUUGCAGGAAAUCUCGCGGAAGGCACAGAAAUAUACUUCCUCAAAUGAAAUCCGUUAG